AUGCGCAAUACGGAGCAACCUGUGUGUGUGCCCUGAUCUCGCAGCAGUUUCAGCAGCCACAUAACAGCUUCGUGCUCCCCGGGCUCUGAGUGAAACACGGCCCUGAGGAUGACAAUUCUGAACCUGUCCUUUGCUGCGUGUGGGUUUUUGGGGAUCUACCACUUGGGUGCUGCGGGGGCCUUUCUUCGCCAUGGAGACAAGCUGCUGGGCUCCCUGAGGGCCUGUGCGGGAGCUUCAGCCGGAGCACUCGUGGCGGCUGUUAUGAUCACUGCUCCAGAUAAGCUGGAGCGCUGCACGGAGUUCACCUACAGGUUUGCUGAAAGCGUGAGACAACAGAGGUUUGGGGCCGCUACGCCAGGAUACAACUUUAUGCUUGCUUUACGGGAGGGGAUAGAGGAGAUUCUGCCCACUGAAGCUCACAUUCUGGCCAGCGACCGUCUCUACGUCUCAAUAACUCACUCCACAAGCGGGAAGAACCACAUUGUCUCCAGGUUUUCCUGCAGGGACGAGCUUAUGAAUGCUCUGCUGGCCAGCAGCUUUGUGCCCGUCUAUGCUGGGCUCAGACCCGUGAAGUUCAACGGACAGAAAUGGAUUGAUGGAGGGUUUACGGACAGCCUGCCCAUACUCCCCGUGGGACGAACCAUCACCGUCUCUCCCUUUUCUGGACUGCAGGAUGUGUGUCCUGUCCACAGGGGGCGCUUUAACACUCAGCUCAGCCUUGCCAACAUGAAGAUUACGUUUUCCAUGGAGAACAUCAAACGUCUGAACCAGGCUUUGUUCCCUCCGCCCCCGAGCACCAUGCAUGCUUUGCGUGAAGAGGGCCACACGGAUGCUCUGCGGUUCCUAAAGAGAGAGGAACUGAUGAGCUGACAAUCACAUCCCUGGAUCAAAAGCCUAAAGCCCGAGGAUGAAGCAGAGCAUCCUUUACAGGAGACUCCCGACGUCUUGAAGGUUCUUUUUUAGUGUAAAUGAGGGACAAAACCUCAUCUUCUGCUGACAGCAGCAGAACAUCAUGAGGUAGGCCUCAGGUGGACAUGGACUCUUCAUCAAUUUUCCAAGGAGCCAUUUAAUUUUCCCCAGCUUGGAAGUGUGAGAGAAGGGUGAACAGAUAUUCUCCAUGCUGCAUCAUGGAUGGUGGAAGCCCCUUCUGGACUUGAGCGUGAGGCUUUGAAGUGCCUGAUGUUUCUGCAGGGUUACUGUUGGCUUUUUGUCCAGCAGGUGGAGACGUGAGCAGGUUCUCAAACUGGUGAUCAACUGAGAAAAGCUGUGCUGAAGUGUGAAAUGACAAUCAGUUUAACGUUGAGACCGCUCCAACCUUAAAUUGGGGAUAUUCAACAUGUUGGUUCCACUGCAGAGCUUGUUAAAAUGUGCUGUGAGUGCAAAGACUUUAGAAAAAUGUUCUAGUGACAAGCACCGCAGCGAUGAAGACACAUUUUUCUAGGGAAAACAUCAAGGAAAGCCAACAAUAGACAUCAAAAGACUUAAGCGUUUAUCUAUUUGUUUGUUUGUUUUUCUUCCUUCUGAAUAUUUGGUGAGAAUCCAAAAGAACAGCAUAUUUUUUAUCAGCCGUCAUUUAACAUCUUGUUUUUUUUCCGACUCUAUCAUGACAUUUUAUAUACAGGCAACCAUAUAUAUAUAUAUAUAUAUAUAUAUAUAUAUAUAUAUAUACCUGUUUCCUAACUGAACAGCAGCUGUGGGGCAACAUCUUCUGCAGAAGAACCAUCAUUAUCGGCGCCCCCAGGGGAGUGUUCUCAUUGCAAAAGGGAACUAAAAGUAAGUAAACUCUUCUUGAAAGUGUCCUUGAUUUGAGUGACAAACGAUCUGACAAUGGAAUAAGAUUUUUGCUCUGAAAAUAGGAAACACUCAUCUUAUUUCAUUUGCAGUAUAUCUAAUUUUCUUAUUUUAGCUGUCGAAAUACUCAUUCCAUUUGAUGACAGUCUUAUUUAUCUGCUUAAAUCAAGGACAAAUACACUUAUUUCAAGAAAAUUGCUUACUUAUAGUUCCCUUUUUCCUGUGCUCUCACCACUCUGACCUCACUCGGACCGUCUCUGAAACCCCUAAAGUUUGCAGAUGUCAGGUUGUGUCCACAUUCAGACAGGAGGUGUUCCUAAAGGAACUACCAUUGUACACAGACACUGUUCAAAAGUAAGCCCAGAAGGGACUGUACUUCCUGCGGCAACCCAAAAUGCAGCGCCUUCCGCUGGAGCUGCUGGUCAUCUUCUACAUCAUUCACAGUCUGUCCUAUGCUGAUUCAUUAGUUGGGUUUGGGUCAUCCACAACCAGGAUAGGUCCACAACCAGGAUAGGUCAUAUCUGCAGAGACCAUCAUCAGGACUGACCUUCCAUCCAUCCAGGAAUUAUAUAGGUAGAGUAAGAAAAACGGGCAGCUAUAAUCUAAAAAUAAUAAAGAAGACCCCACACAUCCUGCACACAAACUAUCUGACCGAAAAACCAGUCGCCACAGAGACAGUUUCUUCCCCAGGCCAUCUUUUCUCAUGAUGCCAUCUUAUUUUGUGAAGUAAACAAGUUCCUCCUGCAGCAAAACAUUUAUGCAAUAUGAUGCUGCCACUCCCGUACUUUACAGUUUGAAUGGUGUUCAGAGGCUUGCAACCAUCCCACUAAAAUUUAAGGAUAGUGAUUAUGCCCCAAAAAAAAUCACUUUUACUUAUAUUAGAGUAAAUUUCCAAAUAUUAAGGUAUUUUGCUUUGAGUAGAGCAUCUUUUAAAGGCCUUAAUAGCUUUUGUUCUGCAGCCAAUUUACACAUUUUGCUCUAAAAUAUGUUAUUUCUGGGAGACAGGACUCAUCUCCUUCCGAAACGCCAUAAUGGAUUUUUCCAUGAUCUAACACUUGAACACAGUGUUUAAGCUGUUGCCAUUUUUAACCCAAAUGUAAAUUAACCAAUCAGCGCUUAAAAAGCUGUGACGUCAUCUUGGGCUUUCUCUAAAUGUUUGAAUUCAAAGUAAUCGUAGUUUAUGUAAACUUUAGAACUUGAGGAAAAUAAUAGUAAUAAAAUCUCCCUUUCAUUAACAAAUGCAAUUUAACAAAACAAAUAAAUCCAAAUUGACCUGAAACAUGAAAUGUUUAGUCAGUAUGUUUUUAAACAGUAUCUGGAAAUAUCUGAUUUCAACUAUAUGGUUAUAAAAUAAAUCAGCUCUAGCAUGUCAAUGGAUAGAUGUAGAAACUACAUGACACUAUACACUCAAUAUUUCCAAUUUUGUUAUAUUUGGUCUGUUUUUGUACUUGUUGUAACCUUUUAGUUAAUUAAAUUUGGGUGGGCAGGGCUUUUCUAGAAUAAUUAUCCCUAGAAGCUCCACAACUAGGGAUGUACUUUGUGAAGACGCCUGCAUCCAAUGUUGGCAUUCACAUGGCAUAUCCACCAAACUGGAGAUCUAUAAACAUUAUUUAAAUCUUUCUGACAUUCAGGCUUAUUGAGUCUGUGGUGCAGUAUCAGAAUGUGUCAUAUGAAUGUCAAUACAGUGACAAACAUUUAGUCAGUCAUAAAUCUUAAAUGCCACAAGGCUAUGCACACUGUUUCCCUGGCCAUUUCUUCUGGCCAUCUGCAACAUUUUGGCUUGUAGAGUGGGGCCAUCCCCAUCACUGUCUCCUUGCUCACCAAGGAGAUGCAAAAUUAGACAACUGUUGCUGUAGUCAAACACAGACCACGUUGCCCUUAAAGCAUCCUGUUAUCUCCUCUCUGCAGCUUUUCUGUAGCUUUUUUUAAAUCUCUGACAUAAGAUACUUGUUUCUGGGUUGAAAAGUGACACAAUUUGAGAAGUUCAAUUCAUGCUGUGGGAGGGUCACUGAGAUCUGGGCACAAAGAUCUCCACUUACCAUUAUCAGUAGAGUCCUGAUUCGUUUUAAAAGAAGCUAAACCACCCAUACAGAUGUAAAUUAGGACUGAUUUAUUGCCCCUAUGGUUUAAAAAAACUCAAGUUCUAGAAAUGUUUUUUAAACAAAAUGUACUCGUCCAGCGUGUGUGUGUGUGUGCGGAGGAGAAAGAAAUUAAGUUUCUGUCACUGUAAGUUUGGCUUAAAAAAUACAUUGUUUUUUUAAGUGAAGACAUUGCAGCAGCUGCAGAUUGCUCUGCAAUCUGCUUCUUUUAAACUUAAAACUGGUCAAUAGGGACACCGCGGCCCGGGUGUAAGAGCCAUAUGAUUGAAAUUAGUAAUUAUUGAUGUGACGGGAGCUCAUGGUCUGGUGUGGGGGUGAUGGGUGUGUCAGGAGGGGCGUGACUGUCACCAAGGUAUGAAUGGGAGCCAAACGCCGCGCGCUGUUUUUUUUGUAUGUAUGAGGAAGUGGGUGCGUCGGUGUAGGUUGUAAUUUCUGUUGACCGUGCUAUAAUGUCGCUUAUUGUUGGCAACAACGAAUGGGUUUAGCCUGGUCAGUAUGUGUCAGUAUCUGUAAAGUCGAAGCAUAGCUGUCAAGUGGAAUAAACGAAUGAUUGCAACCACCA